CGAAAUUGAAGAUUUCUCCCCACCCUUUUGUUCUUCUUUCUGCUGUAUGAGCUACGCUAUCGUCUCGCGACCGUGUUGCCGGCGAACGAGACUGGCGAGGACUCUUACCCAAGCAGUGAAGUCGUUUUCCUUCUCGGAGACCGACGGCGGAUUCUUAACUACGGCAGCAUCACGGAUCUUAAGGGCAUGCAUGAGAAAGUUCUUCACUUGGUUGGACGACGAGAUCAGGGUCGACUUGCCGCCCUCCCCUCCAAUUGCAUCUACUUCCAGGGCAUCAUCACGGCUUGACGUUGCCCAAUCUUUUUACCUUACAAAAAAGACCGUGAACUCAAACUUAUUUUCUUCAUGAUCAAAAACACGCUCUAGUUUGGUGGUAGCUCGCUUUCACUUCACAAGGAUCUUUGCUCAAAAUUGGAUGCAUCUCAUGGAUCUCUAGUGUCUGAGUGCUUCUUCCUUUAUCUAACCUCCAAUCCCAUCGUCACCUUUUGGGGUACUGAUAAGUGAAAUGGCUGCAUCGUCGUCUUCAGAAGAGGGCAGAGGGUUUGAGUAUGAUGUGUUUCUCAGCUUCAGAGGGGAAGACACCCGCAAGGGCUUCACGGGGCAUCUGUACUACGCCAUGGAAGAGAAAGGCAUACACACCUUUAUGGAUGACGAGAAGCUCGACAAGGGGGAGAGCAUCAAGCAGCUGCUUGGCUGCAUCGAGAAAUCCAAGAUCUUUGUGCCCAUCUUCUCGAAGCGAUUUGCAGAAUCCAGGUGGUGCCUUAUGGAGGUCGCUAUGAUGGUUCAGUGCCAAAGGCUGAUCAUUCCCGUUUUCUUCGAUGUGAAGCCCACCCAUGUUAGGAAUCAGAGCGGACCAUUUGAAGCUGCAUUCGAAAGCCAUGAAAAAAACAAGCACCUAAGCAAGAGGACCCUGCAGGAGUGGAGGGAUGCAUUGAGAACAGUAGGGGAAAUUUCUGGAUAUGUCCUUGAAACAGACACGGAUGGGCAUGAAGCUAAGCUGAACCAAAUUAUUAUUAGGAGGAUUCUAAGUGAGCUGAACAAAACAUUUCUUCAUGUGGCUAAGCGUCCUGUUGGGAUGGAUGGCUCUAUCAAAGAAAUGUUGAGUUUGUUGGAUAUUGAAAAAAAUGAUGUUAGAAUGAUCGGGAUUAAUGGCAUAGGUGGCAUUGGGAAAACAACCCUUGCGAAGGCCAUUUUUAAUAGAAUUUCCACAAGCUUUCUGUUUGUCAGCUUUAUUUCCAAUGUAAGGGAAGUAUCCAACCAAGUUGGUGGGCUUGUCUCCCUGCAAAAGCAACUUAUUUGGGAUGUUACAAAGGACAGUGACCCACGUAUAGAUGACGAAAGUCAGGGGUGCAGCAGGAUCAAGCAACUCAUUUGCAAAAAAAGCGUUCUUCUUGUGCUUGAUGAUGUUGAUGAUAGAAAACAGCUUAAUGCUUUAGCUGAUAGUGAAGAAUGGUUUGGUCCAAAAAGCAGGAUCAUUGUCACUACCAGAUACGAACAUGUAUUGAAAGAAAGAAGAAUGAACAAGCAAGAAAUUUACCAAAUGAAAAAAUUGAAUAAAAAAGAGUCACUUGAGCUCUUUAGUUACCAUUCUUUUGGAGAAAAGAAACCAACAGAGAAGUACCAGAAGUUAUCUGAGAAGGUUGUAUCAACGACUAAUGGUAUACCACUGAUGCUCGAAGUAUUUGGUGCUCUAUUCUUUGGAAUAGAUUGUGCAGAGGAAUGGGAAGGUUUACUUGAAGAACUAAACAAGCACCAGGAUAAGGAUGUCCAUGAAAGGCUAAGGAUAAGUUAUGAUGGGCUGUCUGAAAAAGAAAAGCAAGUAUUUUUGGAUAUUGUUUGCUUCUUUAUUGGAAAGGAUAAAGACGAAGCAUUUUAUGUAUGGAAAGAUUGUAACUUCUCCCCCUAUACGUCUGUUCAGACUCUACUUCGCAGAUCCUUAAUUAAGAUUACUAGUGACAAACAGGUGUUUGAAAUGCAUGAUCAAAUACUAGAUAUGGGCAAAGAGAUCAUUCGGCGAGAAUGUCUUUUGAAGCCAAGCAAGCGUAGCAGGCUGUGGGAUAGUAAUGAAAUAUUGACAGUGCUAGAAGACUCUAAGGGAGCAGAGAAUAUACAAGUUAUAUUUUUCAACUAUUUAAGCAGGUGGGAAAAAUUUAGCACCAGGGAUUUUGCAUUGAUGUGUAAUCUGAGACUGCUUUACCUCAACUACAUCAAUUUCCACGAGAAAGACUUCACUCAUUUCCCCAAUAAGUUAAAAUGUUUGGAAUGGCAUUGGUGCCCUUUGAAGUCUCUAUCAUUUAAUGAGUUUAAUCUGAUGGAGCUUGUUGUGCUGAAGCUAUGCCACGGCAAAUUCCAGCAGGUGCUGACCAAGCAUAAUUUGCGAAUAGUAAACAAGAAGUUGGACAGGUUGAAGGUUCUUGAUCUCUCUCAUUGUCUGUAUAUUAUCACAACACCAGAUUUUGCUAGUCUUCCCAACCUGGUGAAGUUGGUACUGGAUGGAUGUGAUAGCUUGUCCGAACUUGAUAGAUCGAUUGGAGAUCUUAAAGAGUUGGUUACUUUAAGUAUGAAAGGGUGUGGAUCACUGACGGAACUGCCAGACAGCAUCUGCAAGUUGAAUUCUCUUGAAAACCUUAGUCUUGAUCAUUGUAGGAAUAUUUCCACAUUGCCAAAACUACUGGGAAACUUGAUGUCAUUGAGGAAGCUUUCUCUGGUCUGGUGCACUUUAUUGGAAGAACUGCCAGAAUCAAUCGGAAAGAUGACAUCUUUGGAAGAGCUCAUCCUUGAAUGUUCAUGGAUGUUGAAAAAGAUACCUGAUUCAAUUGGGAUUCUCAACAAGUUACAGCACCUAUCAGUAAAAGGCUGCACAUCACUUGAAGAAGUGCCCGAUUCCAUUGGAGGAUUGGUAUCUUUGGAAAUACUCAUUCUUGAUUACUGUACUAACAUAAAAGUGCUCCCUAGUUCAAUAGGAAACUUAAAGAACCUCUAUAAACUGUCUUUAAACUACUGUCCAUCAUUAGAAGAACUAUCAUGUUCCAUCGGGAAGUUGCAAUCCUUGAAAGAGCUCCUCCUCGAUGGGUGUCAAAUAAGAAAGGUGCCAUAUUCUGUAGGAAGCCUAAAGAAGCUCUAUAGACUAUCUCUAGCACACUGUCUGUCUCUGGAAGAAGUGCCAGACUCAAUCGGUGAGUUGGAGUCACUAAAGGAACUUAUCCUCACGUUUGGAGAAAAUGGCACCAUGCCUGAUUGGAUUGGAAGAUUGAGGGCUUUAGACGUUCUCAUUCUUGAUGGUUCUGCAUCAUUGAGAAAACUGUCUGAUUCAAUUGGGGAAUUGACCAAUCUCAGGCUUUUGUCUUUAGAAGAGAGCAGAUCACUAGAACAACUACCUUCAAGUAUUGGUAGUCUUUGCCGGCUCGAACAACUUAUCUUAAAUGGUUGUCAAAAGCUCCAAUCCAUCCCCCAACUUCCUUCCACCCUAGUUGCUCUCAUAGCCAAUGGUUGUGCUGCACUGGAGACAAUAUGUGAUGUUUCAGACUUGCUUGUUUUGAAGGAACUUCACCUAGAAGAGUGCACUAGACUUGUUGAGAUUGCUGGGCUCGAGAAACUGAAAUCCUUGAGUGUCUUACGCCUCUGGGGCUGCAAACACCUUAGUAGUCAUCUUAUGGUGAGGCUCUGCAUGGCCACAUAUGAAGAUUUGGAGAAGCUGGUUCUUUCUGGUUCUCAGACAAAUGAUGGGCAUCUGCUGUUUGGGUUACCAAGAGGUCCUUCAGGAAAUCCCUUGCUUAUAGAGGGUUUUUCUGUAUCAAUAGAUGGCAAUAGUGGGACUACCAUGCAAAUAGAGGUCAUGUCAAGUAGUGAGACUGUUUUCAAGAUCGAGUGGGAUGAGGAGUCCAUAUCUCCAGAUGAAAUAAACGGCACAUACACAAUUCUAUUCGAAAUGUAUGAUGAGAUCCAAACGCAUUUGGAAGGUGGUCACAGAAUGGUGAAGGUUUCAACAACAACCAGUGAUCGUCUAACAUGGGGCGGUGCUAUCUUUUCAAUCUAAUACUUCCCAUGGUUGGUGAGUCUGAAUGUCCACCGGACCAUCAUCAUGUUGCUAAAAUUUGUUGGAAGAUGAUCUGAUCAUCUGCUAAAUCUUCCUUAAGACAGAAAGGUUA